GGGAGGUUGCACAAAUCUUCCUGUGCAGGCCCCAGGCUGCCUGCCUGCCUGGCCUGUGCACAUCCUGCCUCUUUCCCAGCCUUUGCCUGCCACCUGGGCUGCCUGCCCUGGGCCUCAGUCUGCGGCCUCCUCCAUCACUGGGGCUGGCGAGAGCCUAGGCUGGAAAUCGUGGCCCACCCUUCCAUCACUGGGCAGGGCUCCUUCCUCAUUUCGCUGCUGAUUCUAGCCCCAAACAAAACAGGUUGAGCCUUUUCCCUCCCUCCGGCAGUUGCCUCAGACGGCGCCGGCUGGAAGUGGGAGGGAGGGCCCGGGCUAGCCGGCUAGGACUGGGACGCGCUUCUGGCUCCUGGCCCACGUUCAGCCCUGCUUGAAGCAGGAGUGCUAGCAUUUGACACAACAGACACCGGAGGAUGACGGCCCAGUUGCAGUUCCGAGAUGCCUUCUGGUGCAGGGACUUCACGGCCCACACAGGGUAUGAGGUACUACUGCAGAGGCUGCUGGAUGGCAGGAAGAUGUGCAAGGACGUGGAGGAGCUGCUCAGACAGAGGGCCCAGGCGGAGGAGAGGUACGGGAAGGAGCUGGUGCAGAUUGCUCGCAAGGCCGGUGGCCAGACAGAGAUGAAUUCCCUGAGGACCUCCUUUGACUCCCUGAAGCAGCAAACAGAGAAUGUGGGCAGUGCACACAUCCAGCUGGCCCUGGCCCUGCGUGAGGAGCUUCGGAGCCUGGAGGAGUUCCGAGAGAGGCAGAAAGAACAGCGGAAGAAGUAUGAGGCCGUCAUGGACCGUGUCCAGAAGAGCAAGCUGUCACUCUACAAGAAGACCAUGGAGUCCAAGAAGGCAUACGACCAGAAGUGCAGGGACGCAGACGACGCCGACCAGGCCUUCGAGCGUGUGAGCGCCAAUGGCCACCAGAAGCAAGUGGAAAAGAGCCAGAACAAAGCCAAGCAGUGCAAGGAGUCAGCCGCAGAGGCAGAACGAGUGUACAAGCAAAAUGUCGAACAACUGGAGAGAGCGAGGGUCGAGUGGGAGCAGGAACACCGGACCACCUGUGAGGCCUUCCAGUUGCAGGAGUUUGACCGGCUAACCAUCCUCCGCAAUGCCCUGUGGGUACACUGCAACCAACUUUCCAUGCAGUGUGUCAAGGAUGAUGAGCUCUAUGAGGAAGUCCGGCUGACACUUGAGGGCUGUGAUGUGGAAGGUGACAUCAAUGGCUUUAUCCAGUCUAAGAGCACUGGCAGAGAGCCCCCAGCUCCAGUGCCUUAUCAGAACUACUAUGACCGGGAGGUCACCCCACUGACUGGCAGCCCUAGCGUCCAGCCCUCCUGCGGUGUGAUAAAGAGGUUCUCUGGGCUGCUACAUGGAAGUCCCAAGACCACACCUUCUCAAGCUCCUGCUGCUUCCACAGAGACUCUGGCUCCCACCCCUGAGCGGAACGAGUUGGUCUACGCAUCCAUUGAAGUGCAGGCACCACAGGGGAAUCUUAACUCAUCAACCCAGGACUACCGGGCGCUCUACAACUACACCGCACAGAAUUCUGAUGAGCUGGACAUUUCUGCGGGAGACAUUCUGGCGGUCAUCCUGGAAGGAGAGGAUGGCUGGUGGACUGUGGAGAGAAACGGACAGCGUGGCUUUGUCCCUGGGUCGUACUUGGAGAAGCUCUGAGGAAGGACCAGCAGUCAACACAUACCUUUGCCCUAACUGUGAGGUCAGGACCGUUCCCAUCACUGCCCAAGCCUCACGGGGCCAGGACCAAGCUUGGCUGCGCUGGGUAUAGACUGGGUACUGGCUACUCUCAAUGAAUUUCUCCCAGAAGGAAUAAAGGGGCACAUUCUCCCUU